UGGUUAAACAUUGUCCUGGUUGGAUGGCUGGGUCCCAGACACAGACCUCGCUUGGCUUUUGUUUGCUGCCAGCAGGGAGAUGAAAGCUUGAGGAGAGCUAUAAAACCCAGCACGAUGCCUCUGGGACCACCUUGUUCUAUUGGUCUUCCAAGGAUGGGAUCUGCAGCCGCCCUGCCCUGCCUGCUGCUUUGCACCCUGUACCUCACAGCUGGAGCAUCUGCAAAGCCGCACUACCUGGUGCUCUUCCCUUCCAUACUCUACUACCCAUACCCGGGCAAAGUGCACAUCCACCUCAUGGACCUGGAUGAGCCCGUGCGGGUGACCCUGCACCUGGCAAGCCAGCUCAGAGUCCCCAACGUCACCCUGGAGGAGCAGGGCAAUGAGAUCCUCGAGCUGAACUGGCCCCGCUUCCCCAACAUUUCUACUGCUUCUGCCUGGAUGUACCAGGUUGCGGAUCUGCACAUCUCCAUUCAGGGAGGCUCCCUGCAGGUCUCCGAGCAGAGGAAAGUCGUGGUGAAAGCUCUGGACCCGACGGCCUUGGUGCAGACAGACAAGGAUGUCUACGAGCCUGGACAAACUGUGAAGAUCCGAAUUGUCUGUUUGGAUCAAAACCUCAUUGCCAUCAACAGAGAGGUGAGAUGGGCUUGGGGCAUGAGGCGGGGGUUGGAGGCAGUAGUGUCCCCAUGUGCCUGAGACCAUCGGUCUUGGCAGCAGUGGCAAAAUCUUCAGUGUCUCCAUGAGUAUGGAGGAGAUGGAUUCAGGGAUGGAAUCCCCAAAACUCUGGAGGGAUGUGGGGUAUGGU